AUGUAUGCGUAUGAUGCGUGUAUCGCGGUAGCUGUUCUGCUGCACGUGCUCGUUUGUCCGUACACUAAAGUGGAGGAGAGCUUCAAUUUGCAAGCAACUCAUGAUAUUCUCUACCACAGAACCGAUAUUGACAAAUACGAUCAUCUGGAGUUUCCCGGUGUUGUUCCAAGGACGUUCAUUGGUCCAAUUUGUUUGGCUGCUAUCAGCAGUCCAGGAGUUGCCGUUGUUGAGGCAUUCAAUUUGGAUAAAUUUGUCUGUCAAUAUGUUGUGCGGAUUGCUCUUGGUCUUCUCCUCACGUUUGGUUUAGCAUAUUUUCGAUCUGCUGUCGAGACGAUACUUGGUAGUCACGUUUCUGUAUCUUUUGCUGUCGUCACGUUAUGUCAGUUUCAUCUCUUGUUCUAUGCGAGUCGUCCUUUACCGAACGUGUUUGCUCUCCUGCUCGCACUGGUUGCCUGUCGACACUGGCUGCUUACAAAAACUAGUGCAUUUAUAUGGACGUCGGCUGCUGCCAUCAUUAUAUUUCGAUUUGAGUUGUCGUUUUUUCUUGGACUUCUUUUGCUUUCUGAUUUGCUGUGUGAAAGGGCUCGUCUUAUGGAUGUACUCAAACAUGGAUUGUUUGCUGGUGGAGUGUGUCUCGCUGCAACCGUGUUGGUUGAUUCCUUCUUUUGGAAACGAUGGUUGUGGCCUGAGGGCGAGGUGCUGUAUUAUAACACAGUUCUGAACAAGAGCUCGAAUUGGGGGACUUUACCAUUCUUGUGGUAUUUCUACUCUGCUCUUCCCAAAUCUCUACUCUGUGCUGUUCCACUGUCUGUUGUUGGUUUAGUAGUUGACAAACGGAUGUGGACUCUUUUCAAGCCGGUGCUUGGCUUUGUUUUCUUCUAUUCGUUUCUUCCACACAAAGAGUUACGAUUUAUUAUUUACGUCAUUCCAAUGGUCAAUGUCAUUGCCGGUCGAGGUCUCGCGUAUGUUCGAACUUUGUUCUUAGCUGGGAUGAAGCAGAGAAGCUGGUGGAAGCUAGCAGUUGGAGCUGCUGUUGCUGGGUUCAUGGUUUGUAGCUGUAUGGUGAGCAUUGCACUUACCUACCUGUCACAUCACAACUACCCUGGAGGAUUAGCAUUUUCUAGACUCCAUCAACUAGCUGUGGAUAAAAAAGAUUCUCCCGUCAAAGUUCAUAUUGAUGUCUACACUGCUCAGACUGGUGUCUCAAGGUUUGGCCAGCUUUAUGCGUCGUGGAACUACUCCAAAGCAGAAGACCUUACAGUUGAAGAGCUGACAGAAUUCAGCUUCUUGGUUGCUGAAGCUGGUGCUGAAGAAACGCUAAAUACACAUGAAGUGCUGGAAGAAAUACGCGGAUUGACUGCUUUUAGUUUAUUUAAACAGAUUGUUAGAUCUCCUAGCUCAGUGCUUACACCUCGGGCUGUCAUACUAACGCGCGUUAGACAAUAACAAUAACCAUGUUUUUGUAAUUUGCACGUUUAGAGAAACAAUAA